AGCGACCGUACAUCUUUUCAAGCAGAGUAAAAAUUAUAAUUUCAGCAAAAUUCAUAUCAAAAUAUGCCUUUUUAUACAACCAAAUACUAAAUUAGAAGGUUCAUAUGGUUAUUAUUUCUGUUAUUCUACUGCAGGUGAAAUAGCGAUGUGUUUGACUAACCACCCCAACUGAGUUAUGGAGGAGCGAUAUGCACGGCCAAGACACGAUACGAAUUCCAGUACUGUCUUUAGAAACAAUAUGCUCCGCUCUGUGGGCUAUAAACGGAUUACUCUUACUAGCUGAAGGCAUUUCAUAUCUGGAACUGCAGCUGAGAGUGACAAUGUCUCUCGAAGCGGGAUCACCGUCUGAACCAUAUGGUGAAGAAGUCAAAGCAGACAUGGAAAACGGAAACGGUGAUAAAGACAAACUAAUCCCUGUUACCCCAAAGGAGAAAGAGUCUGUUCCAGACAGCGAUGACACUGUGCGCGAUGUUCCCGUGUCAGAGUCAACAGCUACAAGUUCUCCGCAACUCUCCUCACCAAAGCUGUCCACGCCUCCGCACAGAAGAGCAGCGUCGCUGUGUCCAAGCAUACCGCGUUCAGAUUCCGUAAAGUUCAAUAAGAAGCCGGCCAAUGGCAGUGCAAUAAGAAUGAUCAAUAUGGAUUCUACGCAACGAACUCCAAGAGCAUCUAAGCGCGUUCCGAGUUUAAAACUUAAACGAAUGGGCGCGCAGUCCCGGAAUUUAAGCACUCAAGCUACACAGGAUAAAAUAGAUUCUGCUAUGCCGUGUUUACCGCAGUGUGCGCGAGAAAACCCAUCGAUAACGAUCACUAUUGAUUCGGAUGAUGACUCUAUAUAUAGUGACUAUUUAAGUCCCGAAAUUAAUUACAAACCAGAAAUGAAGGUGCAAUUUAUCGGAGACGAGACUAGCCUUUAUGGCACACCAAAAGAGGAAUUAUUACCUAAUAGUACUAAUAGUGUAAAUAUGGAAAAGUCAAGUCCGACCAGCUUUUUGAGGGAACAAAUUUAUGCAUUUUUCCAACCUUCGGAUAAUAAGCUUGCUAUGAAAUUAUUUGGCAAUAAAAAUGCAUUGCUCAAAGAAAAGAUGCGACAUAAACGCCAAGGAAAUUGGGUUAUACAUCCUUGCAGUAACUUCAGGUUUUACUGGGACCUCUUUAUGUUGGUUUUACUGAUAGCAAACCUCAUUAUUUUACCGGUAGCUAUCUCAUUCUUCAAUGAUGAUCUCAGUACACAGUGGAUUGUUUUUAACUGCAUUAGUGAUACCGUUUUCUUCUUUGACAUUCUUAUAAAUUUUAGAACAGGAAUUAUCUUGAACGACUUUGCCGACGAGAUUAUUCUAGAUCCCAAACUUAUUGCAAAGCAUUAUUUUAAGUCAUGGUUCUUUCUGGAUCUAAUAAGUUCUAUACCUAUGGACUAUAUAUUCCUUAUGUGGGACUCAGAAGCCAAUUUCAGCCAACUCUUCCACGCAGGUAAUCAAGACGAGUUGGACGCAUCACCAUACUGGCAAGGUCGUGCCUUGCGUAUGUUACGUCUAGCAAAGUUGUUAAGCUUGUUACGUUUGUUACGGCUUUCCCGAUUGGUCCGUUACGUUCAGCAAUGGGAAGAGUUCUUAGCUGUUGCCGGUAAGUUUAUGCGAAUCUUCAACCUGAUCUGUCUUAUGUUUUUGCUUGGGCAUUGGAAUGGCUGUCUUCAGUUCCUUGUUCCAACUCUACAAGACUUCCCCAAAGAUUGCUGGGUAUCAAUAGAAGAACUUCAGGAGGCCCACUGGGCUCAUCAGUACACCUGGUCUCUAUUUAAAGCACUGUCACAUAUGUUGUGUAUUGGAUACGGUCGUUUCCCGCCACAAAACAUGACUGACACGUGGUUGACAAUAUUGAGCAUGCUCAGUGGCGCCACCUGCUAUGCACUGUUCCUUGGUCACACUACCACAAUUAUUCAGUCCUUUGAUACUUCCAGACGACUAUACAAUGAAAAGUUCAAACAAGUUGAGGAAUAUAUGAUAUACAGAAAAUUACCUCGAUCUUUACGACAAAAGGUGGCAGAGUAUUAUGAACACAGAUAUCAGGGGAAAAUGUUUGACGAGGAAAGAAUCCUUGGGGAACUCAACGAAUGUUUACGUCAGGACGUAAUCAACCACAACUGCAGAUCUCUAGUCGCUUCAGUGCCAUUUUUUACAAACGCUGACCCUCAGUUUGUAUCUGAAGUGGUGAGCAAAUUACUAUUUGAAGUCUUUCAAGCAGGAGAUUACAUUAUCAGGGAGGGAACAAUGGGCAGCAAGAUGUAUUUCAUUCAGGAAGGUAUUGUUGAUGUUAUAACAACCGAAGGAGAAGUGGCUACGUCACUCUCAGACGGGUCUUAUUUUGGAGAAAUAUGUCUUCUUACGAAUGCAAAACGGGUCGCCAGUGUGAGGGCAGAAACAUAUGUUAAUUUGUACUCACUCUCUGUGGAACAUUUCAAGGACGUCCUUGACCGCUAUCCCGUAAUGAGGCGGACAAUGGAAAGUGUUGCAGCGGAAAGACUAACAAAGAUCGGAAAGAACCCAAGUAUAGUAAGUAGUCGUGCAGACUUAGAUGAGGACCAACGCCUGUUAAAUGAAAUAGUAAUGGAGUCCACACCGGUAGUUACAAGCGCUAGCGAAGACGAGGAUAAAGACUCUGAUGAUAGCUCUGGAAGUUCAAAAAGUAAUAAAAACAAGAAAAAGUUUAAACUGGAUUUCAGUGCAAAGUUACACAGAAUUACAGAAGAAAGAAAGUCUCGGUCCAGGGAGAAUUUGAAGGAGUGUCAUUCAGACAGUCGGUUUAGGAAUAUCCUUCGGAAAGCCCCUUCAGGACCAAAUCUUUUUGGGUUACUGGCCCCUCCUAUGUUUAGUGAAAGAAAACGUUCUGGAAGCGUUGGUGCAAAUUUAGGUAUGAUUAUGGAAAGCUUUACUGAAGACUCCUCACAUAAAAAGCGAGAUGACAGUAGUAUCGGGAAUAAAUUCUUUAGAGUGUUUGAUAAAGAAGCGAAGAAACGAAAAUCCGACUCUAAAACAUCAGUCUGUGAUGAAUCUCCAACUUCGGAUGGACUACAUAUGCAAUUUUUAACUGUUCCUCAAGAUAAAACAACUACUAAAACUAAGGAAUUUCCAAGUUCUCCCAAAUGUGAUACUAAAAAAGAACACACACCUCAUAAAAGUGUUAUCAGAUCAGAUUCAGGUCACUCCAGCAAGUCAGACAGACCUAUGCAAGUAAACUUUACACUUUCCACAACUGAAGACGAAUUGACUCCACUGACAGGGACGGAACAACCUGAAUCAAGUACCAAAAAGAAAAAAAUACGUCAUGUAGACUUCGAAGAGGCAAAGCUUAUUCCAUUUAACAAUGCCAAAAGUUCGAGCGAAGACGAAGAUAAGAGAUGUGAAUCUCCAUUGUAGAUGCCAAAAUUUCAAAGAUCUUACAGCUGGGAGAAUAUUGAGGACGCCAUAUAAUGAUAUUUAGUUUCUGUGAUCAAUAGCAUUUUCAUAUUCAUGUUAAAUAUGCAUUUUAUGUACAUGUAUGGACUAAAUUACAUAGUAAAAUUAACGCUUAACAAAGUUUCUUACUGGCCUGGCAUUGAUGAUUAACUGACGAUGUAAACACUUUAUUGAGACCUCAACUGCCUUCUCAUUUUAUACUGUCUUGAACGUUCUUAAAAGUGCGUUAACUACACACGGCAAUCCGAUUCUCGCCUUAGUUGUCAUUUUAGAUAUUUCUUCUUAUAAUAAUGACUAUUUGUAAAAUAACUUUUUAUAAAGUCCAGUUUUACUACGCAAAAAAAAAUAACGAAGGAAAAAGGCUGGUGAGAAAUCUUGUUUAGUGGAUGCAAAACGUGUCACUUAUAUCACCAUAGGCUGAGAAAAUAUAACUUAGUUGAUUUUCUAAGGUAAACUAGGGCUAAUUAAUAAUGUUGAAGAAAGUCGCAUACUUUUUCUUAUAAAUUAGCGAUGAAUAUCCAACAGAAAUAUUUAUGAUUGUUUAAUUGUCAGUCUGAUACUUUUUGUAAGUCUAUUUAGUUAAUUUAUGAAAUAUUGGUAGUUACUAAUGAAUUCAAAAACGUAUAUGUUAGCACGUGCUCAAUCAUCAGCAUUAAUUGUUUAUGUAGCAUACAUUAUUGAUUUUCUCAAUUAAUUAUGCGGUAAAAAAUGAAUUGAACAGCCAAAGUUAUAUCUAUUAACCCUUUAAAAUGUUAGGAAUCUGAAUGUGAUGUUUGCUCGUUUUAAGCUAAAACGUGUGUCAAAAUGUUUCUUAUUUGUUAGACUUUUUGCCAAAAAUAGUAUUGUAUAUUCCUGAUGACCAUUCUAAAUUUCAUGUAUUUUUGUUCAGUAACAACAGUGAACUACACCAUUAAGUGAAUAGCAGGUCUUUUGCUCUUCUAGACUGAUUAAGCCUCGAAUCUUGAUUCCAUAAUGUAAAGAAAGAAAUCAUUAGGUCGUAAGGUAGUGGACCCGUAAAGCCAUUCGGCGCAAUUUCCGUACGAUUUCGUAUUCUUGUCUGCUAUUUUCUUCGGACGUAAAUGUAGCCGUGGGAGCAACGUUUUUGGUGAUAACCGGAAAGUGCCGAAUUCACCUAUGGAAAAUGCAUAUUCGAACGGACAGUACCGAUCGUCAUUAAGGGUCCACUAAUUUAAGAAACUCAGUUCUCAUGACUACCAUUAUGUAGAGCGAACGCAUGUAAAAAAAGCUUGCUCCUGUCAUUAACACCUGGGUCCAAUGUGUUACGGAAUCGAUUUUGGAUACCAGCACGUGAUUGGCUGAGACGGACUUGAAAUUGACCAAUGGCAACGCUGCAUUCUUAGACUGUGUUAACCUUGGACCCUGGUGAAAACUCAUGACGUCAUAAGCAAAAAUUAUAGUUAAAUUGUAUUGUGAACACGAUCAUAUAGCAGGGCAAAUAAAAAUCAUAAUCUUUAAUAAUGGCUUCACAUUGUUCUAUCACAAUAUAGCCUAUGUUACAGUUUACAAUACUCACGAGAAAUCUGUACAAAUAUACCGACCAAUUAAUUUCAAUUUCCCUAAAAUCUACUGUAUGUUUAGCUAAAUGAGCUAUUUUCUCUCGAAGAUACUGCAUGGCACUAUCUCCUCGAUUUUUUUCAUUAAUAAAGUUAUUUUAGUUCUGCCGAUAAUUCCACUUAAAAACGUCAUGUUGUAUUCAAACUGAAUUAUUAACAUUUUGCUGAUGAUUCUCUAAUAGUGUAGUGAAGUUAUUAUAAAAGUUUAUGAUUUUUAAAUUGAUAUAUCUUAGAGCGUAUUUUAGACAUAUCUGUACACAUUCCUGUGAUGAUAUUAUUCGUCGUGCUACUUAGAGACCACGCCCAGAUUAUUUAUUAUUGUGGACUGUACUUGGAAUAGGACUGGGCGUUACAUAGUAUAGGGCGGGGCAACGAAGAAUAUAAAAAUAGCCUUGUAUACCAUAUGGUCUUCCGGUCUUUGUUUUUGUAUUCUAAUCGUUGUUUUAAGGAACAUAAUUCUUGAACUACUCGGAACAAUGGUCUAAAAUUCUAGAGUAGUAUUUCUAAUUGCUGUCAAAUCGACAAAGUAGUAUGCUGUUCUACUCUGGUACUCAGUCACACUGAAAUCAUUCAUAGUGUGACAGAACCAAGACCUGCUUUCCUUCAUCGUAGUUAUCACGAGUCUUUUAAACAAGAUUUUAUUUAGAACACCCGUUCACGUUCUAAACUUUCCAGAACACUACUUGUUUUCACUCAACUGAGUUAGUGUAUAUGCAGAAUGUUUGGAGUAGUUAAAAGAAUGUGACAAAUGGUAUUGGAUGAAAUCUCCGCUGUGAAUAUUAUUUGGUAGAGGACAGGGGAUUGGUAUCUUAGCGACGAUGGGCGGGAUGAUGGGCGGGGAAAUGCGUUUAAUUGGUUGAUAAGUUACAAUUACCCUUACGCCAAGCUGAUAACCACGCCUCAUUGUACAUAUCGGUUGAACAUAAAUCUUUUUAUUUAUAAAAUAUCUCACAACGUAUAGCUUGACGGGUAUAUAUUGAAUGAGAUAGUUACGCAUAUUCAGAAUCGAGAAAAUCGAGGUAAGGUCUACUAAGGUUCGCAUCAAAUAUAAAUGUACCGUAUAAGUUAUAUAUUAACGGACUUUCGUGUAUUAAUUAAGUAUUCUAGGAGAUAAUCAAUCAUACUAAGGAAAUGUGACACAGUAUCGUAUUUUUAUAUUAGAGGAAACAACAAAACCUUUUCGUUAAGAUCUAAUCGUUAUCACUGAUAUUUGAAUAAGGAGAAUUUGAAAUCAUUUAUUUUUAUUGGGAAUACACUACAGAUUGCAACUGUUUAUCAAGCUGUACGUUACUCUUUCAAGUAUGGAAACAGUUUUUUUUGUUAAGCAUUACUUUGUAUUUCGUCUUUAAAAUAUGAUAUUUAUUUAAGAAAUUUCUGUUUUUAGUAUAUGGUGACAACUAUCGAAAUGGAUCGAAAUAUGUCAUAUCGCUGUGUUACGUUACCGCUAUGUUACGUUACGUAAAGAUGAAUAAAUGAUCAAGGUGAUCAACGGGAGGUUUGUUAAUGUAUAUAAGGUGCUGUGAAAAAGUAUAUACAGAUAAACUGAAUUACUCAAUAGUCAAGUUCUAUUGAAAGAAAUGUAUUUUGUGAGAUAUUGUUCAUCAGCACGGAGACUGAUUAUGUAAACCAAAAAUCAGUUGGUAAAAACAGGUUUAUACACUAUCUAAAACAAAACUAAUUUUUUGUGAUAAUUUUUUACCGUUUUUGUUUUAUUUACUAACCACAUUUUAUCCUUUUUAUCAAAUUUAUACAAGUAGUGUUUAGUUGAAACUUUUUUGGCACAACAUUACAGUUGUAACACGGUCAAGGCUGUUUGGUGCCUGAUAAGGAACUUUUGGAACAACCAUUCUUCUUUACUAACAUAGUUAUAUACUCAAAAAUUGAGAAAAAAACACGAGAUAAACUCUUAGGGAAUAUGAGGCAUGCACUUCUUGCUGUGAUUCUUUUUUUUCUUUGAUAAAUGCAACUGUUCUUCAUUCGGCUUUGCGUUUUCUAUGACUCACAAACGUACUACAUUAUUCUUACAACAACGUCCAAUAUUUCGGAUAACUAAUCAACCGCAACCUCUCGAACCUUUUCCAUCAAAGUCCAAAAGGUACCGAUUCCUUCUCAAUCAAAUUCCAGCCCAUAUUCCGUCAGCCACCCAUUUCAAAAUAUCUCGAUUCUUUCCGUCAAAGUCCAAAAGUACCGAUUCUUUCUUGAGCAGUGUGAUAUAUGAAUAUUUGACACGUUGCAUGCCGACAGUUAUGCAUAUAACAUGUUUAUCAUUUUAUUUUGCUUUUCUAUGCACGUGUUUAUAAAAUUUAUUUACACACAAAAGGUUAGAAUCUUGUGUGAUGUUCCUGUGUUAAUUUAUUUUCAGACUUUAAACAAAUUACUUAUUUGUUCUAGGUAUUGUUGAAUACAAACUCAUUGUGUACACGUGUUCAUGUAAGUCCUCUAAAAACUAUAAAACUAUUACAUUUAUUGAUUUUAUUCCCUUGUCAAGUUAUUUUUAGACCCUGUUCAGACACAAUUUGACACUUCUACAAAACAAGUAUAACCGCUGUCUUCCAAGAAUGUAUUGCUAUCUUCUGUUAAUGUUUUAUGCAAGGUUUAUAUAGGGUUCCGAAUGUAAUUAUUGAAUCAAACAGCACGAUAUAAACAAAAAGGAAAACAGGGUUUUACAAGUUUUUUUACAGGAUUUUAAUCAAUUGAAAAAUAACAUGGCUUGCAGCAUACGUUUAUUUAACUACGCAUUCCUUACUUUGUAAUUACUAUACUAGUAUGGUGAGUCGUUAUUCAAAAUAAAUCCCAAAACUGGUUCUUAACAGAGAACGUACCUUUUCAAUUGUGGACCUAGGUAUUUAACUCGUAUCAAAAGUUUUUCUUCAAAAUUAUUGCGCAAAAUUUAAAAACAUGUAUUCAUUCUAAAACACAGCUUUGCGCUUAUAAGAUAAGUUCUAAACAACACAAUAUUUUUUUCUUUGAGAACCUAGUUCUCAACAUCACACCACAGUUCCUAAAAAAAUCUAUGUUCUUAACAUGGAUAAAUUAUAGCUUUGAGAUCAAUCCUGUUUAAAUCUUAGAGAAGAAAUAUUCUGAAACAAAAUGUAUAAUUUCUACACAUUUAGAGACAUCUAUCUGUUGCAUCUUUAAGAAAUCAAAACCGAUCAAUAUAUAGUACAGUAAAAUGGUGUAAAAAUACUUCAGAAAAUGGGAAAAGCAUGAAACUUGGUACAUAACUACUUCAGGGCAAAAUACUAAAAAUGAGCAUGAGACCCACUCCGAAAAAUCCAAUAUGGCCGAAAAAUCCAAGACGGCUGCCAUAUAUGUAUAUAUUUUCAAAAAUACAUAAUACUAUAUAUAUAAUUUCUAUUAACAUUUACAGUCAUCAGUAUAAUAAGCUAAAACCACCUGCCUGAAUAAAUCCAAACAUAUUAUAUUAACAAAAAUACCGUUUUUCCAACAAAAAUGAAAAAAGUUGUCUCCCUUGGAUAAAAUGUGCUAUUAAGCAGAAGAAAAGUCAUAAUGCAUUUAUAUGAAUCAGAAUUAAGUAUAUAAUGGUAACUGGCAUAUCAAGAAUGUUUAAAAUGGCAACAGUCCUGUGCAGAACUUUACAACAAUUGUAAAUUAAUUAAUUAUAAAUACAUUCGAACUUCGGUAACUGGAACCCAUAAGGACCGACUAAAUUUAUUCGAAUUAUCGGUAGUAUGAGUGAUCGAAAAAUAUAUUAUAAAGGAAUUUGUUUGGGAACUGACGAUAGAUUAAUUGAAGAAUGGUGUUCGAAUUAUCAGAGUUUGAGCAAACGAAGUUUUAGUCUGUAAUGUGUAUUAGUGAAUAAAUGACAUGUGUUUCACUUUGUCAUUAGUUUUCGUGACUCAGAAUUUGUAAGUGUUGCUGUAUUCAUUUCAAUUUAUUUACACUAAGAGAACUAAUGACACUUAAUAAAACUAUAUAAUUCAUUAAA